AGGAUUGGCCGAAUUCUCUCUUCUUUUUCUCUUCUUGGAUUUUUUCAUAUUGCUCAACAUGAACGAAGAAUACAAUUUUGACAGUGAGACAGUACCUGUGAUGAUACAAUCAUAUAUGGACUGGGAAGAAACUGCAGCAGUAAAUGCAGCACAAAAAGAAGCUAAGAGGAAGACCAAACCUCACUCCAAGGAGCCCUUCCUUGAUGUAGUGAAGAAGGAAAGGGGAUCAUACAUUACCAAGAAUGAAGCAAAGGUAGUCAAUUUGAUCAAUUUGUUGCAAGAGUUUGAAAAUAUGUCUAUCAGUGAAGCGGGGCUUUCCAAGUCAACAGCUAUUCGUAAAGCCAAGCAGUGGAAUCAAAUGACAAGCGAAAUAGCUGAAGGGUUCCCUGAUUCUAUCGCAAUCAAAGAAGGAAGCAAAUAUCAGCAUCUUGGGUGCUAUUUAAAAGAAGUUGUACUUGGUGCUAGGAGUGGAAAACGAACUCGAACUGGUGAAAAAUCUCAGGCCCCCAAGAGGAAAGAUUACGGUAUAUGUGAUGGUACUGUCAGAGUUUGGAACACAGAAACAUUAAAAUGCGCUUAUCUAAUCCAAUCAUGUCAUGAUGUCCGUGACAUCUUUUCUGUCGUCUAUUCUGACACCACCAACAAAAUCUAUUUCGGUAGCCAAAACACCAGCAUUCAAUGGUAUGAUUUCGCCGAUCCACAAACACACGGCUCCAAUACAGAUAUUUUAAUCGUUCCCAAUUCACCUCGUAAAGUUGGAACCAUCAAUUUCUUCGAGGAUGGGGAAGGUCAUGACGAGGAGGAUCGAUUACAAGCCGAAUUAGACAGAGAUGUGAUUAAAUGUGUUAUCCGCGAAAAAAAAACGUAUGCAGUAAUGUACAUGACGGUUAUUUAUAUUGUUUAUUGCAUGCAAACGAUAUUCCCAACAUGGAAGAAAUGGAUCGCUAUGCGUACAGUCAGUGGAAACCCUAAAUAUAUGGAAGAGUGA